AUCUGCUCAGGGAAAAAAAAAAUCCCACCAAAAAAACAAAUCAGAAGGAGAAAAAAAAAAAAAAAAAAAAAAAAAAGAAGAAGAAGAAGAAAAAAAGACGCCACAUGUAACACUUCAUCGGGCCAUGGCGGCUCCACUGCAGCGGCACCGGCUCCGCGCCAGCCCUGCCCGAGCGGGCCCGGGGAACUCGGCGCUGCAGGCCGGAGGAGGCAGGGCAGCGCUGCCCUGGCUGGGUGAUGGCGGAGGGGGGAACAGCCCAGGAGAGGCAGAGAAGGAAAACAACAAAGAGCCAUGUGACGGGGAGCGGCAGCCGCGCUCCCCCCGGCGCACCCGCUCCGGGCGGGGAGGUGGCGGCGCCGCCCGGCCCCUCCCGCGGCCAGCGCUGCUGGUUCCCCCCGUCCCCCACACUGCCCGGGGUUUAAUUUUUUGCGCCCGGGACGCGGAGCGCCGGGAGGCAGCGGGGGGAGAGCCCGCCGCGCCACCGCCCAGCGCUGAGGAGAACGCGGCGCCGAAGGGAAGGAGAAGCCAUGAUGGCGGCUGCCCUCACACAACACGGAGCACGACCGGGAGCGCCGUGCUCGCCGCCGGCCGCCCCUCCCGCCGCCCGGGACACGGUGCUGCCGCAGCCUUUCACAUAAUAAACCCACCAGAAUUCGGCGGGGAGGCCAUUUUCGUGGGCUGGGUGGCGGCACUAAAGCACAACUGCUGUGAAUAUCAACUGCGUCACGGCUCUCCGUCUGUAACACUCAGGCUGCAAAGGGUCCCUCACUUGGAAGGAAACUCCCUCAUUUUGGAUAUACUUCCAGACCUCCUUUUUCCCCCCUCUCUCCAAGUCACUGCCGCUCGGUAUGAAGGAUUUUACAGUGCUUUCUAGGGAGACAUCCGCCAUUAAGACUCACCGUCGUGAAAAACACCCCCCCCAUUUUGUUGCCUGUUUUUUGUCGAGCUUCUGUAAUUAGACGGAUAAAACAUGUAAGGGAUCCCUACCACCACCACCGCCUUCUCGCCUUUUUUAACAUCAACCUCACUAACAUCUUACUGUUCACAGGCAGAUUUUUUUUUUUUGUGCUUUCAAUUUAACAGCCACAUAAUGCCUGCAAUGGAUUCACAGCGUCUCUCCGCACCAAAAAAAAAACCAAACCCACCCAGGGCUGAGGACGACCAAGAGCUUUGUGCAGAAAGAGAAAUCAAAUCCCUCCCUGAAAACAGACGUUUCAGAGGCACUGUUAGAUGUUUCUGAGGAGAAGGAGAUCGCCACCGCUUUCAGACGACCAUUGGGAUCUUUCCACCCAGGACAAUACCAUUAGCUACAGGCCUGGGCUAUUUGUUCCUCUGCAAGGGCAAAAGGGUUUACUUACCCGCACACCAUAGUUGAAUGCAGCUCUGAAGGUGAAGUUGUUACUCUUUUUUAAAAUAAUGGCUAUAAGUAUAUAUAUGGUCUGUAUCACCACUUCUCUCGUAAGUUUGCGAGCCAAAGCGGAUCUUGUUAAGAUAAGUUACGGAUCUUUGUAUGGCAGUGGUCUAGCAUCAAAAAAAGAGGAAAAAAAAGGGGGGAAAAAAAAGCUAUAGAAAAAGUCCAGCUAUGUUGACUGACCGUACACAGGCGAGGACUCCUGCUCGAGGCUUAAAUCUACCUUCCUGUGGUAGAUUUACUCUGUACAUAAAAAGGACGUUCAGUGUUUUUCCACAGAGCACGCAGACACUAAAAAUAUUCUCCUCAAUAGUUUUAGGCUGCACAUGUCAGUGUGAAAACACCUAGUUAACAUUUACUGGUGCUAAACAACUUUUAAGCAUAUCUUAGCCAGAUAGUUCGCUUUAUAAGUAAAAUAUUUCAGAAAGCAUAAAUUGGUUUAAACAGACAAAAACAUAAGACAUGCAAAUGAAGGCUUAGCAAUAAGGACCACUUCAUUAACAUUAACAUGAAAACUACACUUAGCAAGGACAGAAUGGAUUGGGUACUUACAAUGUAAGAGGAAAGAAAGAGAAAGAGCUUAUCAUAGUAAAAUUGCCUUAUUUUUUUGCCAGGAUUCACUAUUCCUAUACCUAUAUUUAAAACAUUACCUUUUAAGCACCAAAGGAGUUAAUAAAAAUGGCCAGGAAUCAAGUGUUUAAUACAAGAGAGCAGUCUCUCAAAUUUAUUGUUCAGUCAUCAGAGCUGCUUAAAGCUUAAAAACCCCCAAAACAACGAAAAAAAAUAUAAAAAGAAUGUAUUUACUCUUUUUUUGUUGGCAUUCGAAAUUGUUAACUGCUGACAUAGGGUGUGCCAUGACCUAGUUACACAAGACAAAGAUGGAUCCCGAAUCAAAGGGCGAAAAAAAAAUCCGCAUUACUUUUUUUUUUUUUUUUUGGUUAAGGGCUUGAGAUAUAGAUAUAUAUAUUUAAAUCCUCCUUCUUCAGUGAGUCGUCUGGCACCGUGCUAGAGGCUCCCACCACCCCGCGUGGUGUGGAUUCACAUGGCGGAUCCCCCUUUAUGGAACAAAGGAAAAGCCCAGUUGGCCAUUUCGCUCCACUGCAGAAAAAUGGCUGCGGGUCCCGCGGCCUCUCCUUGGCUUCUGCCGCGCGGUGCUUUUACCCCGCCGUCUAAUAACUCAAGCCCCAUGGAAGCCGCGCUCCCAUUGGCUGCGCCCGCCGCGCUGCCGCCGCCCCAGCCAAUGGCGCGGCCGCUCCCGGGGCCGCCGCGGCCCCGCGCCCCGGGACGGCCGCGCCAUGCGCCCGCCGCGCUCCGCCCGGCCCCGCGCCCGCCGAGCGCCGGGGGCACCGCGCCGCCCGCCUUUAAUACCGAAAACAAAAUGGAACCUCCCCGCUGAUUGGCUGACGAGGGCUCCGGACCUUUAAUCAGCAAAGCUGCUCCCCCGUCUUCUAUCACCCCCUCCUCUGCGUGUGUUGCCACCCCCCCCUCCUGCCAGCCCCCCCCGCGCUCUCCGCCGCAGCAGCGCGGCGGGUCCGCGCUCCACCCGCCCCCGCGGUGGCACGGGCUCGCCGAAGUCUUCCCCUAAAAAAAAAAACCAAAAAAAACAGAGAGAGAAAAAAAAAAAGCGAAAAAAAAACCACCCCAACUUGUCCCACCUAUAGGUCCAUCUUGUUUAGAAACAGUUUGCUCUAAGGUAAAUGCAGCGGGCAGAUUCCACUCGCCCCCCCGCAUGCCGUUAACCCCGCGGCGGGGAGGGAAAAAAAACCCGCGCGUCCCGGCGGCGGCCCAUGCGGCGGCGCUCGGCGGCGGCGGGGCGGCGGCGGGCGGCCGCGGGCCGGGGGCUGCGCGGCGCGGCCGCCGUGAAUGUGCAGGCGGCGGAGCGCGGUUAGGCGUUCGCGGCGCUCGCAGCGGUGUAUUGUGGGAUCCCGGCCGCCGCCAGCAGCGAGCACACACACAAUAUGUGGUGGCUCGCGAAAACGGGAGGCAGGAGCCUGGCGGGCAGCCCGCGCCGGUAACCGGCCCCAUGUGAGACGGGAGCUCGCCUUUCGCCGCCCGGAGACGAUCGGCCGCCCAGCGCGAUGUCUUUCCGAGAGACCAAGGCGGGGGAAAAAGCCAAGCACUCUGAAGAUCAUGGCAAAAAGCAGAGUUCAAGUUGGAUCAACGGAAUGGAGAACAGCACGCAAGCCAGCACUUCUGUCGAGAAAAGAAAUCACCAUUGGAGAAGUUACAAGUUGAUUAUUGACCCGGCUCUGAAAAAAGGACAGCACAAACUCUACCGUUACGAUGGGCAACAUUUCAGCAUGCCUAACUCGGGGAUCGCUCCUGUGGAUUGUGUCAGGGAUCCCAGAAUAGGGCGAAUAUGGACCAAAACUAAGGAGUUGGAGUUGUCUGUCCCCAAAUUCAAGAUUGAUGAAUUUUACGUGGGGCCAGUGCCUCCCAAGCAGGUCACCUUUGCCAAGCUGAACGACAACAUCCGUGAAAACUUUUUGGCCGACAUGUGCAAGAAAUACGGCGAAGUGGAAGAGGUGGAGAUUCUCUACAACCCCAAGAACAAGAAGCACCUGGGCAUUGCCAAAGUCAUCUUUGCCACUGUCAAGGGUGCCCGGGAGGCUGUGCAGCACCUUCACAACACUUCUGUCAUGGGCAACAUCAUCCACGUGGAGCUGGAUACAAAAGGUGAAACCCGCAUGAGAUUCUAUGAACUGCUGGUUAAUGGUCUUUACACUCCUCAGACCCUCCCUGUAGGCACUGAGCAGGACGUGUCCCCAACUGGGAAUGAAGCUCUCCAGUUGACGGACUCCCUGAAGCGCCUGAAGGACAGUUCCCUUUCUUCUGCGGGAUCCUCCGUCACCCCAAACAGCAGCACGCCCUUUUCCCAUGACACAGCCUAUUCCAGCUGCCGGCAAGACACCCCAAACUCCUACAGCCAAUUCACCCCACAGUCCCAAGGAACACCCCACACCCCGCGCCUGGGGACGCCCUUCUCCCAGGAUUCCACCUACUCCAGCCGACAGACAACGCCUGUGUACCAUUUUGGGCAGGACAGCGGGUACAAACCCAGGAGGCACGAGACGAAAUUUACGGAUGCGUACAACCGUCGCCCGGGACACCACUACAUGCACAACUCGGCUGGGGUGUUCCGAGGCACAGAGCAUCAGUUCAGUACAUUCAAAUCCCAUCAGCAGGAGCCAGUUCAGUUCUCUCACACUCCUCCCCUGAGCCACUCUAGUUCUUCGAGCUAUAAAUCUGCCUUCUCCCCCUAUCAAGCACCAGCUGUUUUUCCCCAAUCCGACGAGCAGCCGUUUCCCCAGACUUCCAGGGAGACAGAGUACCGGAGACCUGCGCCGCCUCCCACCGAGAUGGUCGUGGAAAGCAGCGCUGCCCCGAGUAUCGAUUUUGUCCCAGUGAAGGAGAAACCGGAGGAGCCUCCGCCCUUGCCCGACUCGAACUCUGUUCCUGAACCAAGCACAGCGUCCUUCUCUCAGACUCCAGAGAGGAGUGAGACUCCUGGCACCCCCACCAUGGAGACUGAGAUGCAGCAUAACAGUUUAGACUCAAGGAUUGAGAUGCUCUUAAAAGAGCAGAGAACAAAAUUACCCUUUCUUAACGAGCAUGACUCAGAUAAUGAGAUCCGAAUGGAAGGUAGCCCUAUUUCCUCCUCUUCUUCCCAGCUCUCCCCCAUCCCAACGUACGGUUCGAACUCUCAGCCCGGUUUCAGGGGGCAGACGCCUUCCUCGCGCCCUUCCAGCACAGGCUUGGAGGACAUCAGCCCCACACCCUUACCUGACUCUGAUGAUGAUGAACCCAUCCCUGGGACAGCUUCUCUGAGUCAGAAUUCCCGGGGGACAUCGGAGGCCAGCAUGACUCCCAUCGAUCAGCUGAGCAGGACCUCCAAAAUUGAGACCUUGGAGGCUAAAGAAAUGGUGCCUGGUGACCAGACUCCAACGUCAGAAAAAAUGGACGAGGGUCAGCAUUCCUCAGGGGAGGACAUGGAAAUCUCUGACGACGAGACCAACCCUGCGCCCAUCACCAGCGCGGAAUGUGCCAAAACCAUUGUGGUGAACUCCUCAGUCAGCAACACGGCCGUGAUGGCCCCGUCCAUCCCCCCGCUGCCACCACCGGGAUUCCCUCCUCUUCCUCCUCCUCCUCCUCCGCAGCCGGGCUUCCCGAUGCCCCCGCCGCUGCCUCCGCCGCCGCCGCCCACCCACCCGGCCGUCACCGUGCCCCCGCCGCCGCUGCCCGCCCCGCCCGGGGUCCCUCCGCCUCACAUCCUGCCCCCGCUGCCCCCGUUCCACCCCGGCAUGUUCCCGGUCAUGCAGGUGGAUAUGAUCAGUGUCCUGGGCAACCAGUGGGGUGGCAUGCCCAUGUCCUUCCAGAUGCAAACUCAGAUGCUGAGCCGCAUGAUGCAGGCGCAGAACACGUACCAGUACCCACCUUUCAUGACGGGCCGGAUGCAGUUUGUGAAUCUCCCUCCCUACCGCCCGUUCUCCAUGGGAGCCGCUCUCGCCCGCGGGCAGCAGUGGCCACCUCUGCCCAAGUUUGACCCCUCGGUUCCACCCCCGGGUUAUGAGCCGAAGAAGGAAGAUCCCCACAAAGCCACAGUGGACGGAGUCCUCCUGGUCAUAGUGAAGGAACUGAAGGCCAUCAUGAAAAGGGACCUGAAUCGCAAGAUGGUCGAAGUGGUGGCAUUCCGGGCGUUUGAUGACUGGUGGGACAAGAAGGAACGUCUGGCAAAAGCGUCUCUCACUCCAGUGAAGUCUGGAGGAGAACUGGAGGAAAAACCAAAGCCAAAGGAUCGAAUGGCCUCUUGUCUCUUGGAGAACUGGAACAAAGGAGAAGGGCUGGGAUAUGAGGCCAUCGGCUUGGGCAUUGGGUUACGAGGGGCCAUCCGCCUGCCAUCCUUCAAGGUGAAAAGAAAGGAACCACCUGAAGCUGCCUCAGCGGGAGAUCAGAAGAGAAUCCGGCCUUCUACUUCUGUGGAUGAUGAAGAUGAAGAGUCGGAGAGGGACAGGGAUGCUUCUGAUACAACAUCUGACCUGUCAAAGAAGGAUGCAGAGGCAGUGGGGCUGCGACGGCGACCAGCGAGGCCACUGGAGCUCGACAGCGAGGGAGAGGAGGGAGAUGAGACAUCAGGGAAAGAGGAAGAGUCCUCCUCAGAGAAGGAAGAGGAGCAGGAAGAAGAGGGAGGCUUGAUGAAAGCAGCACCUGGCAAGGAGGAAGAGGAGGAUGAGGAGGAUGAAGAUGAUGAGGAUGAAGAUGACGAUGAAGACGAGGAUGAAGAUGAGGAGGAGGAGACAGGCAUAGACACCAGUGACAAGGAGGAGGAGCAGGACUCCGAGGAGGAUGUAGCAAGUCCCUUGUCUUCCAAGGCUGAAGCUGAAUCAUCUGAUGAGAGUGAGGACUCCUCUGAAUUCGAGUCAAGUUCAGACUCGGAUGAUGAAGAUGAGGAGGAUGAUGAUGACGAUGAAGAUGAGGAGGAAGAAGAGGAGGAAGAGGUGACUGAAGAUCAAGGCAGAGAAGCCAUGGUUCCUGAGCCAGAGCAGGAACCUGCUGGUCAUGAGCUUCCUGAUGAUGAGAGGGAGACUAUUUUGGACCUGUAUCCUGUGGAUGACUACAUGGAUGCAACAGGCUUGGGACUCGCUGAGCCAGCUUUGGCAGUGAAAGAUGAAGGCAGUGAAGAAAUCAAGGCAGGGGAUAGUGAGUGUGGCCAAGUCCUGGGGGCUUCUGUUGCUGCUGAAACUCUGAAACAUUUGGUUAUGGAAAGAGACCAGGAGACAAAACUUGCACUCUCUCCCAUCUGUAGGCCAGAGGAAGAGUCCGAACCCACUUCCAUGCUGGAGCCAGAGGCGCAGGAAGGUCCAAAGCCUGAAUCUCAAGAUGAGGAGGCGUCUCUCUGUAUCUCUGCUCCAGGGGGAGUCUUUGGGGAACCUCUGCCCAGCAAAAGCAGCUUCUUUGGCAAGUCUGAGGAGAGCAGCUUGGAAGCCCGAGUUAAAGCAAAGCCGCCGUCGGCAGCCGAGGAGGACGAGCGGCUGCCCCGCACGCCCGGGCGGGAGGUGAUGAUCCACUCGGAGACUGAGGCUCUCCUGCUGCCAGCCCACAAGGUGCCAUCCUCCGUGCUUCCCUUGCCGUCGACUCCCGGCAAGGAAGAAUCUUUAGUCCCUCCAGAAAAGUUCCCUGAACAAUUAAUGGUGACCAAAACAUCCGUGGAAGAGGAGAUUCCUAGGACUCCCGGGCGGGACAUUUUGGCCAAGUCUUCACACCCCCUCGCGAAGUCGCAUAGCACGGACACUGUUCCAGCCACGCCGGGAAGUGAUGCUCCCCUUACAGGAAGCAGCUUGACCCUCAGUUCCCCUCAAGUCCCAGGGAGCCCCUUUUCCUACCCAUCCCAAUCUCCUGGCAUUAACAGUGGCAUUCCUCGGACUCCUGGGAGAGAUUUCAAUUUCACGCCUACUUUCCCAGAGGCUGGUGCUACCAUUCCUUGCCUUCUGCCUGGCAAGAAACCGUCAGAGGAUGAGCUAGAAGAGAAAACCUUUAAAGAGCCUCUUGGUGCUUCCCUUACGAUCAGCAUGAACAGUGUUCCUUCCCCGAUCCCCUUCGCCAGCCCCCCGCAAGCAGAUUUCCACAUGGACAUGGGUUUGCCACCUGAUGAGCCAAUACCUGUAGCAGCCCUGCCGUGCAUGCACGGAGAUGGAAGAAUGCCCAUCGAGGAAUGCAAGGCAGAAGUAAAACCUGGUUUGCUCUCCCCAGAAGUACCCCCUGGGGCUUCUAUUCUUCCUCCCCCACCACCACCUUCUGUUCUUCCCAAAAGGAGGCCGGGUCGGCCGAGGCGGUCCCCGCCUUCUGUCCUCUCGCUGGAUGUGUACUCGGGCAAAACCAUAGAACCUCCUCCCAUGCCAGUGGCCUUGGUGGAAGGUGCUGUGGGCAAAGAGCUGUUGAGUGGACAUCCUGAUGCCUACUAUGGACUGAAAGACCCUGAAGCCGUCACCCUGGACUUCAGGAAUGACGGUUUCCAUGAGAAAAUAGCAGCUGAGACAGUUGCAGAGAAACUGCCAUUCAAGGAACUGGAGAACCAGUGGAACGAAGACUUCAAGGAAGAAGAGGCUCACGCAAAGCCCAAGCGACAGUGGCGAAGGCAGAAGAAGACAUCUGAGGAGCUGCCAGUGAUCCCUUCCCCCGAGUAUUCCCCGCCCCGGCCGCAGUUCAGGCCGCGCUCCGAGUUUGAGGAGAUGACCAUCCUGUAUGACAUCUGGAACGGAGGCAUAGACGAGGAGGAUAUCAAAUUCAUGUGUAUCACAUACGACCGCUUGUUACAGCAGGACAAUGGUAUGGACUGGCUCAAUGACACCCUCUGGGUUUUCCAUCCUUCUACCAGCUUUUCUACCCCCAAGAAGAAGAAGCGGGAUGACGGGAUGCGGGAGCACGUGACGGGCUGUGCGCGAAGCGAAGGCUAUUACAAAAUUGAUAAGAAGGACAAACUCAAAUACCUCAACAAUAGCCGAGCUUUUGCAGAGGAGCCUCCAGCUGACACCCAGGGGAUGAGCAUCCCUGCCCAACCUCACGCUUCCACCCGGGCUGGUUCCGAGAGGCGAUCAGAGCAACGCAGGCUCCUCUCCUCCUUCACCGGUAGCUGCGACAGUGACCUGCUCAAGUUCAACCAGCUCAAGUUCCGGAAGAAAAAACUAAAAUUCUGCAAGAGCCACAUUCACGACUGGGGCCUUUUUGCUAUGGAGCCCAUUGCAGCCGAUGAGAUGGUGAUAGAGUACGUGGGUCAGAACAUCAGGCAGGUCAUUGCUGACAUGCGUGAGAAGCGAUACGAGGAUGAGGGCAUUGGCAGCAGUUACAUGUUCAGGGUCGACCACGACACCAUCAUCGAUGCCACCAAGUGCGGGAACUUCGCCAGGUUCAUCAACCACAGCUGCAAUCCAAAUUGUUAUGCUAAAGUGAUCACGGUGGAGUCUCAAAAGAAGAUCGUUAUCUACUCCAAGCAGCACAUCAAUGUGAACGAGGAAAUUACCUACGACUACAAGUUUCCAAUCGAGGAUGUAAAAAUCCCGUGUCUCUGUGGCUCUGAGAACUGCAGGGGAACCCUGAACUGAGCUCAAGGUUUCUCGUCACACUUGCACCUUCGGCCAUGUCAAAACUGUGGUAACCAGGUGUGGUUGCACUUUGCCAAAAAAA